CCUUCUCGUAUCUCUUCAAACCCUUCACCUCCAUCGGUUAAUGCUUUCAUCAUUAAGCAGACUCUUAAAGUCAGAUUGAAUGAUUUUAAUUUUCUUGCAGUUCUGGGUAAAGAAAAUUUUGGAAAG